AUGUAUUCAUAUUCCAUUAUGUGUGUCAUUCUCUCAUCUAUCUUCUUCUUAUCCAUUCUCAAUAUUCGUUCGACAUCGUCAUGGUCGAUCCCCGAUAAUGAUACAUUUAUUAUCGAUAAAAAAACAAAAUUAAUCUUGCAAAAAAUCGGCAAUAUAUUGCCAUUAACAGAAACAACUGGAAUUGCUGUUACAAUCCCAAUCUUCCACUUUGGAUGUUUUUUACUUCCUCCAAAACUGUAUUCGCGAUUAAACAUAUGUACAGAAAAUAAGAACCAAAGCAUUAAACAAAAUUUAUUACGCACGGUAGAACAACAAGCAAGUAAAAUUCUUACGUCGGCUACUACCAAUUCAUCGAAAAAAUCUUUCAAUCAGCGAUUUAUGCAGGCAUGGGAUGACAUCGAUGCAAGCAAUGAUCGUUUAGUCUAUUUGUAUAAUGGCUUCAAAACAUUGCAAAAAGUGAUAAACACUGUCGUACAACAGUCGAUACCAAUACUCGAAAAUGAAUUACAUUAUGAUAAAAUUCAUCGCUCAUCGGAUAAUCUAUUAAAAGCACAAAAAAAUUUUGAUUAUUUGUCUCGGAAUGAACUUCAUCAAGUUAUCGAUCGAAUAUUUAAGCAGUCAGAAAAAAUUCUUUCAUUAUUCGACAUACCAUUGAUGAUUCUUAUCAACCGUUUAGUAGCAUUACAAUCAUUUCAUUUUGCUUUUAACAAUGACGAUAAUACGAAUGGCAACAGUCAUGAAUCACAAAAUGAAGCUAUACCAGCAAUAUACCAAUUAGGAAACUUGAUCAUCUCGAAUGUUGUCUUUAUUCCUCGAGUACGACCAUCCAUACCUGUCUAUCAAGUCUUUAAUACACCAUUCUUCUCAUCGAAUGCCUCUUAUCAAGUGUAUAAUCUACCACGCUAUAUCGCUAUUGACUAUAAAAAUAAUCAAUCAUUAGCCUGGUAUUCAGGUGAUAAUAACAUCAACACAUGUCACUUCGGUAAAAUUACCUUUUGUCAUGUUCUACCACCAGUUGCUUAUCAAAGAAUUGAGCAUGGAUGUUUAAAUAAAAUGUUUAUUGAGAAUCAAAGUAGUCUGUGCUCAU